CGCAGAUGCUCGUUGGCGUACUCGAGCAGUGUGGGUGCAAUAAUUGAAUAACAUGCAUUUCUACAUUCAUUUUGCGACGCUCGCGCACGUGACGUGUUGGGUCUGGUCAGCAUGUUACGUGGUUGUUCGACAAAACGAAGCUUCGGGCGUCAUUGAUCACGUGCUUCUUACACAGCGAUACAAGCGACAGCACACUGCUUCGAAAUAAACUGCUUAUCGAUUUCUACGCAUGCCUCGGAGUUCCGGUAUAAAACGUGACAUCUUUAAAAAAUACAGUUUCUACCUUUCUCCUUUACCUCUGUGUAUAGUUAUAAGAGACAUAGCUAUGAUGUUUGUAACUAGUUGAUGGGUUUUAGCACAACAAAAAACAACGUUUGGAAAGUGGAGGAAGAUCCCUCACUCUCUGGACACUGGUGUGAUCUGGAGGAGGCUAAAUCCCAGUCUUUCCCUUGUAGUGAAACAAACUGGGAAACAAAGAGGGCAGCUCAUCCGUAGAAGACUGGCUGUGAACUUUGGGACUGGUAUUGGAUUUUCCAGUGUUGCAACUAUGUCAGAGGCCAUCCUCACCUUCCAGUACCAGCUCAAUGGAGUCAUGGAAACGGUCCUCAAAACUGCUGUGCAUGAGAUCACCCGGCUGGUGAAGGACCACUUCCUGGAAGAAGUGACAGGUGGCAAGCAGGAAGUGGAAAUCUUGAAGGAGAGGCUGCAGCAGUGUGAGCAGAGAUGGAGGGAUGGAGAGGAGGAGCGGCAGAGGAGGGAAGUUGAAGAGAAAGAGCAAAGAAAGAAAAGGGAAGAGACAGAGCAGGGGGGGGUGUGUAGGAGAUGUGGUUGUGCUGGAGACACUGAGGAGAGAGAAGAGAGACUGUUAGGAGCAGAGAAAGGUUUUGAUAUCAAACCGGAGAUGUUCCAGCCAGAUGGACCCAGCGCGGGAGAGGGUCCACAGGAUACAGCCCCGUCUGGCUCUUCCUGUGUCUCUGAGAGGAUGGUAGAAAGGGAAGACCAUGUAGUCCAUAUCAAAGAGGAACCUGAUGAAUGGGGGGACUUGGUAAACCAGAUGGUCACAUCCACAGAUUCUCCCAUAAUGAGCCUGAGUCGUCUACAGAGAUUGAGCUCAAAUCCUGAGGCAUGGACCAGUGAGCCUCAGCCUCCACUCCCAGCAUUAUGGGCCAGUGAUCCUCAACCUCCAGCACCAUGGUCCAGGGAACCUCUUCCUCUAGCACCUCUGGCCAGGGAGCCUCCACCUCUACCUCCAACACCAUGGACCAGGAAGGAGCAGCACUUUCUCCCAAGGUCAAUGAUACCCAACGAGGGGACAAGGCAUGCUGUGGGGGCCCUCGAGACCAGUCCCAACGGCCUGCGCAUCAACACAACGGCACAUGUCAAACCCUACAGCUGCCCACACUGUGGGAAGAGCUUCCCUCAGCUCCGAAACCUGAAAGACCACCAGAAGUACCACCACACAGGGAAGAAGGCCUUCACCUGCUCCCAGUGUGGUAAGGGUUUUGUGUACAUGUGCCACCUCAGGGUACACAUGCAGUGCCACACGGGGGAGAGGCCCUUCAGCUGCUCUCAGUGUGGAAAAAGCUUUAGCCUUCAGAGCGGCUUGAAGAGACACAGGGUCAUUCACACUGCAGAGAGACCUUACCACUGCACGGACUGUGGUAACAGAUUCUAUUCUAGAUCGGACCUGAAAAGGCAUGAACAAAUCCAGUGCAAAGUCGACCUUUGAGGUGGAGCAGGUUAAUUUGGAAAAUUAGAGGGUGGAAAUAACUGCCCAUGUAUACUAUGUUCAAAUGCUGAUGCAUUUUAAUGUUGAAAGGAAUAAAACACUGAAUAAAUUAUU